CUCGACCUUUCUCCUCAAUAGAUAUUUUGCUCAAGCUGUCUGACAAAUCGAGAAGAGACAUAAUCAGUAGCGAAAACGCGAAAAAGAUCAAUUCAAGGAAGAAAAAUACGCGCAAGUCCAUUUAACGAGAAGAUACAACUGACAGUCGAACAAGAAGGCGAUUACAGAAAGAGAUUUGAUUUCAAUCGGAGCUUCGGGUUUUGAGUUGUCGUCCCCAAGAGAUUGUGUUGUUUCUGGUGAGAAGAUGGCAGUUUAUGAUCACAGCGGAGACAUCAAUAGAACUCAACUCGAUACAUCGAGGAAAAGGAAGUCUAGAAGUAGACGCGAUGGUACUACCGUAGCUGAGAGGCUUAAGAUAUGGAAAGAGUACAACGAUACUGUAGAAGCAGCUUCUACCAAGAAACGGAAAGUACCUGCAAAAGGGUCGAAGAAAGGUUGUAUGAAAGGCAAAGGAGGACCAGAUAAUGGUAGAUGUAGUUUCAGAGGAGUUAGGCAGAGGAUUUGGGGUAAAUGGGUCGCUGAGAUUAGAGAGCCAAAUCGAGGCAGUAGGCUUUGGCUUGGCACUUUCCCGACCGCUGAAGAAGCUGCCUCUGCUUAUGACGAGGCGGCUAAAGCCAUGUACGGUCCAUCGGCCCGUCUUAACUUCCCUGAGUCCACUGUGUCUGAUGUCACGAGUACAUCGAGUCAGUCUGAGGUGUGCACGAUUGAGCCAUCUGGGGAUGUUCAUGUGAAAACAGAGGACGCAGAUUGCGAAUCCAAACCAUUCUUCAGUGAUGCAUGGACGAUGCAUCAUAUGGAGGAGAAUGGUGCCUGUGGUGGUGUAGAAGAGAUAAUGAAGGACGUUAAAGCAGAUGCCAACGUUGGUGUUACCGAUAAAGAUUGGUUGAGUGAGUAUGAACAUAAGUAUUGGAGUGCGGUUCUGAAGGAGAGAGAGAAGCACAAGGAGCAAGCCGUUGCAGACACAUGCCAGCAGCAACCGCUGGAUUCGCUCUCUGUUUCAGAUUACGGUUGGCCUGACGAUCUGGCUCAGGGUCACUGGGACUCUUCAGAGAUGUUUGAUGUUGCUGAGCUUCUAGGGGACUUAAAUGGCGACAUUUUUACAGGCUUGAACCCGGGGAACAAUGUUGUCAGCGGAUUAUGUGAACUCGAGAAGCAGCAAAUUGGACUGCAAGGGCUUAACUCUGAUUAUGGAUUGCCACCGCUUCAGCUCGAGGCACAAGACGGUAAUGAGUUAUUCGAUCUGAGUUUCUUGGAUAUGGCCAAGUGAGACAACAAAGGAUGCAGUUGGAUAUUUUUAACCUUUGUUUUUUGCCUGAAUAAUCCGAUCAAAGACUGUUGAGAGACUCUAUUGAAGUUUUAGUGGUAUAGAGUACCUCAUAAGACUGAUGAUCCCUUUUAAAAAAAAAGAUAUAUAUAGAAGUGAAAUGUAUUGAGUAUCAUAUAAUAACAGAGAAAAUUGAACUGUA